AGAAAAAGGAUGGUGGGAAAAGAGCGAAGAAAGGAAUAGGAAACGAGCUCCAUCAUCUCCAUCAUCUCUCCAGAGCUCCGCAAACGCGCGUCACAAAGGCGGCGAAGGAACGAGCACUUUGGGAUGCGUUUCGUGCGUGCAGCGACAUCCGCCUGAGAGCGAGGUCGCGACAUCUACAGCUGAUCUACAGCCGCGGCCUCCCCUGGGCGCAGCCCAGCAAUGGAACCCGCACCCAUUCCCACAGACUCUCCCGAAUGCAGCAAGGCUCUCAGCUAUAUGAGGGCAGCUUUGGAGCAGGCCCAAGAAGCGUAUGAUGCUGGGGAAGUUCCCGUCGGCUGUGUGUUUGUCCACGAGGGGGAAAUCAUUGGAAGGGGGAGGAAUAGGACCAAUGAGACGCUUAAUGGAACAAGCCACGCAGAAUUCGUCGCAAUCAAUCAAAUAACGCAAGCGGGCCACUCAUGGGAUGUGUUUGCGACCACAGAUCUCUACGUGACGGUCGAGCCAUGUGUGAUGUGCGCAUCAGCCCUGCGGCAUCUUAAUAUCCGCAAGGUGUACUUUGGAUGUGGGAAUGAUAAGUUUGGGGGGUGUGGAAGUGUGUUUGCUGUGCAUCAGGACACAACAAGCGAGGGAAGACCAUAUGAAGCAGAAGGCGGGUAUUACAGGGAAGAAGCAAUUAUGAUGCUUAGGAGGUUCUACGUCCGGCAGAAUGAUCAUGCUCCAGCGCCAAAACGCAAAGCAAAUCGGGUAUUGAAGACAGACAUCUGUUGAUCUGAAAGGCCCGCCGUUUGUUUUACCUCCCUCCUCCGCUGGAUUGGCCCGUGAAAAUAUCCUGGCACCUAAGGGUGUUCACCCUCCCUCACACAUAUCCGAGCAUCGUUUCUAUCUUUAGAAAGAACAAGCAGCGCUGGAUAGCCCAUAAGGAAAGAAAGGAUCGACAUCCG